UCAUAUAUCUGCUGGUUGAUCUUGUUCCAUCCUUCUCCUGCUUUUGCUUUCAUUCUCUGUCUCCUCCAAUCUUUGAGCUUUUCUUCUAACUUCCUAUUUUUUUGGAAUGUUCUUCGAGCUUUCUUAAUAGUUCCUUUCUCAGCUAGAAUCUUCUGAUGACUACGGAUGAAGACAUGAAGUCCUCAAAUCCAGGAAGAAUGAUGGGCAAAUAUAUGAAUCAAAAGAACAUGUGCCGGGCUGACAUUAGCAAACACCCGCUCAUGGUCAGACACGGGCCACACGGCACAACCCGAUCCACCGAUUGUCGCAGUGGGCCACAAGCUUGCCACAUCCCCAAUUUUACGGGUACACAGUUACCUGUUUAGCCGAAUUCUAGAGCUUUAAUUUGAUCGAAGAAAUUGUUGAAAAUUAUAAACAGUAAAAGGACUGGACAUUACUAAUGAAGUUUUCAUUGUUCGUAUACUUUAUUUGGAAAUCUGGCAUGUUUAAUCGUGCCCACAAACUGUUCGAUGAAAUGUCUCAACAAAAUUGCAAAAGAACACAAGCCUAGGAAAUUCUAUGGUGGACUACAAUUCAAUCUAUGAAAAUUACUGUGAUUAUCAGCAACUAGUUAAUUGAGUAAAAUGAUAUCCCCAAUAUUAUCCUCUGAUACGAAUCAAUUUCUAUUGAAAUUGCUGAAUCAAGAGCCAAUUCCAACAACAUUGAUAAUGAAUUUGAGCAUCUCGUAGCUCAUGCCAUAUCUUGCACACUCGAGAGUGGUGCGGAGUGUGCCAUGGGGAAUGGAGUGCUAAGGUUUGGGUCUCUUGACCAAGUAUUGAAUGAGGAUGACUUGAAGGGGUUUGAUCAACGCAUAAUUAGAGAAAAGGCUUGGUCGAACUCAAGGCAGCAGGCUCUCAGGUGAAUUGCUCGACUGGUCGAGCCAAAGAUCAGUAACAUUCCAGUGGGUUCUGUGAGGCUGCUCGACAGGUCGAGCUUGGGAGGCUCGGUCGAGCGAGUGUCAGCGGGGAAACAACGAUUCUGUUUUGUAUCCGGUUUUGUUUGGGCUUUUAAGUCUUUUAUCCUAGGUUAUUCUAAUAUGUUUUAGGCCUAUAUAAGGAGCCUUAGAACAUCAUUAGGAAUAAGGAGAGGCAUAACAAGAGAGUAAAACUAGGGUUCGAGUUCUUACUCUUUGUAUUUGCAUAUUUGUGAGAGAUUGAAGUGAAGGUUCAAUCUUUGCUUAGGGUGUUCUUAAAGCUUUGUAAGGUGAGUCAAUUAAUGUAUUCUUGUUUAUAUUAAUGAUAAGAUACUUUGUUUGAGGGGAGGUAUCAUUAGAUAUUUCAUAUAUUGUGUGUUUUUGUCAUUGUUGUUGCUUGCUCUGAUUUGGGUUGUUUUCUUUGCAUUAGUUUGUUUAUUGUUCUUCACCAAAUAUCAUAGCCCGAUCAUAAGAAUUAUUAAGAAAGAGGCCAAAUUGUUUAAAGUCCACCCGUUAUGUCCUGACAAAGUCAAAUGUUUGCGAUUUCAUUUGAAAGCAAUAACAUUAUCUAGGAAUUGUCGCGUCUUUGAUUUCAUUUUAGAUGACAAAUUUGACUUCAUUUUAGUAUGAUUUCAUCUUGCUGGAAUGCAAUGCCCACCAAGUUUGACUUCUUCUUGUUGAAAUGUAGGCUUCUAUGGAUUAUUAAGGUAAAAGCAACAUUGUUUUGCUGUUUUUCUUUUCAUAAAUGGCAUACUGUUUUAUCUCUCUCUUCUCUUCACUUCUCUUUUUAUUAACUCUAACCAUUUGCUUGAUCAUCCAUGUUGCGGUAGCUGACCCGGUUUUUGCAAGUGUCUAUUGCCCGGACAUUGAAACCGUUGCUCCAAACAGUAAAUUUCAGUCUAAUGUUAAUACGUUUCUCUCUUUGCUCAACUCUACCUUAAUCAAUGAUAAUCACUUCUACAAUACAACUGUUGGAAGUGGAGCCAACAAAGUCUAUGGUAGCUUUUUUUGCCGCAUUGAUCAAACCAUUGCUUUUUGUCAGGAAUGUAUCUCCCUAGCCAUCAACUCAUUAAAUUCUCAUUGCCCUGGAAAGAAAAAUUCUAUUGUAUGGUACGAUCAAUGUAUGUUACGAUACUCUAAUGGUUCUUUCUUUGGUAUAAUGAAUGAUUCUCCUAUGGUGCCGGUUUGGGAAAAAGUAAAUGAUGUUGAUAUGCACAACAUGACGAGCAACAUAAGCAGUUUUACAGAAGUUGUGCUCAAAACUUUGGGAGAUGUGUCGUAUCAAGCAGCAACAAGUGGAUCAGGAAAAAAAUUUUCCACAAAAGAAGCGAGGUUCAGGGAAAAUUUAACAAGAUUCAAUAUAAUCUACUCUCUUGCUGAAUGCACACCAGACAUAUCUGGGACUGACUGUACUAGUUGCCUUCAUAUGAUUGUUAGAAAUAUGACAGAACUGUGCAACAAAAGGGCUGGUUGCACUGUGUUGAAUCCUAGUUGUAAUAUGAAAGUAGGGAUGUACCCCUUUUAUGGAGAUGCCCUGUCACCUGGUUCAAAAGCUUCACAUGUUCCUUUUUUCGGAGAUACACCGGGAUCCAAGCGGAGAAAAAACUUAAUAGUUCUUCUGGGCAUUAUCAUUUCAGCUAUUUUAGCAAUGGUAAUUGUUUUUGCAGUUUGGUUUUGUGCAUGCAGGAAAACGUCCAAAUUAUCAUUUAUAGAAGCGGAAAAUCAGAUUGAAAUUGAGGAGUCCUUGAAGUUUGACUUGACCACAAUACGAAAAGCAACCAAUAAUUUCUCUGCUGUUAACAAGCUAGGAGAAGGUGGAUUUGGUGAGGUUUACAAGGGAAAACUUGAUAAUGGACGAUGUAUAGCCAUCAAAAGACUUUCUAGCAAAUCCCAACAGGGCAUUGACGAGUUUAAGACUGAAGUCGUUCUAGUUGCUAAACUUCAGCAUCGGAAUUUGGUCAAACUUUUGGGCUUUUGCCUUUCAGGAAAGGAGAAGAUCCUUGUCUAUGAGUUUUUGCCUAAUAUGAGUCUUGACCGGUUUCUAUCUGAUCCAGAGAAGCGGGCAUCUUUAAACUGGAAAACAAGAUGCAAGAUCAUUAAAGGAAUUGUAAGAGGACUUCUGUACCUUCAUGAAGAUUCUCGACUCAAGAUUAUACAUCGUGAUCUUAAACCUAGUAAUAUUUUGUUAGAUGAAAGUAUGAAUCCCAGAAUUGCAGACUUUGGCACAGCAAAGCUUUUUGGGGUGGAUCAAACACAAGACAAUACUGAUAAGAUUGUUGGAACAUUGGGCUACAUGGCUCCAGAAUACUUGAUUGCUGGACACUUUUCAGUUAAAUCAGAUGUCUAUAGCUUUGGAAUACUAAUCCUAGAGCUUGUGAGUGGACUAAGGAACAAAUAUGGGCCUUAUCAGCAAACAAAUGAGGCACUCCUAUUCCGGGCUUGGAGGUUAUGGAAUGAAGGGAAGCCAUUGAAGUUGGCAGAUCCAUCUCUCGGCAGUGAUUUUGAACCAGAUGAACUGUCAAAGUGUAUACACAUUGGUCUUUUGUGCAUCCAAGAAGAUGCAGCUAAGAGACCGCGAAUGGCAUUGAUUGCUGGCAUGCUUAAUGGGGAGAUGAUAAGUCUGCCUUCACCGACUCCACCCCGUUUCUUCGGUGGAAGUACAGACGUUGAAAAUCAGGAGAGUUGCUCUAGCCAAGGUGCAGGAGCAUCAGGAUUUUUUGAGGAUGUCUCUGAACUGUAUGCUAGAUAAAAUUGGUUGUCAAUAGAAGUUUUUAGGUCAAACAAAUAAUUGAUCAAUGUUCGGACCAAAAUUAAAAUCAUCAUCAAAAUUAAAAUCAUCAUCAUGGCCAGUAUAUAUCCUCAUAGAGAUUAUGAUUAGAGUUUGAGGAGAAAUAACAAAUCAUACAAGUAUCAAAGGAGAUUGUGAUCAAGUGAGACCCUCAAAACCUACAAGCUCUUUUGACAAGUAGUCAAACAAUUAUUGUAUAUUUACUUGACAUCUAUUGUGGUGGUAUAUUUAAUUAAAA